GAUAAGAAAGAUGAAAUAUUUUAAUAAAUUUUGACCUUGUAUGUGUCAUGUGUAUGUCAUUUAUUGCAAUGUAGUACAAAUAUUUCUACUGUUGGUUAAAUGCCGAGAAGUAUGGUGGCUGGAGUUUAAGCGAGAUCCCUUAAAUAAAAACUUUUCCUUUUCAAACAACUUUCUUUAGGGUGGAGUUGCAAAAGCGUAUGUUACACAUAUGAAACGAUUUAACUAUUGAAGUUAAUGGAACUUUCAGCUAUAAAUUGUGCUGCCUGACAGCCAAGAAGCAUCACAAGCUAUUGGAGCAGCGCCCCGAGAGCUACUUAAACAUCAGCAACAGUAACAACAAUCAACUAAUUCAACUAUCAAUAUGAAGGUCUUUGUGUGCUUGCUUGCCACCCUGGCACUGGUUAAUGCUGGACAGCGCGGCGGAGCUGGCGGUGGUGGCUAUCUGCCAGGCGGUGGACGUGGCGGCGGCGGUGGCGGCGGCUUCAGGAAUGGAGCUGGACUCAUCUCUCAUGUCUCACAGUUGCAUGGCAACACGAAGGUGCAAAUUGGCUCUGGCGCUAGCGCUGGAUCCUAUGGCGGUGGUGCUGGCGGUGGCGGCGGUGGCUGGCAGGGAGCAGGUGCUAGCGCUGGAGGUGGACGCGGAGGCUAUGGUGGUGCAGGCGGUGCUGGUGGCUGGCAGGGUGCUGGUGCUGGCGCUGGCGGCUAUGGCGGCGGUGCUGGAGCUGGCGGCUGGCAAGGAGCUGGUGCUGGUGCUGGUGGUGGUCGCGGCGGCGGCUACGGCGGCGGGGCUGGAGCUGGUGGCUGGCAAGGAGCUGGUGCUGGUGGCGGACGCGGCGGCUAUGGCGGCGGUGCUGGUGGAGCUGGUGGCUGGCAGGGAGCUGGCGCUGGCAGUGCAGGCAAUGCCUGGGGCAAUCCGGCCUCGUUCGAUUAUUCAGUGAACCAUGGUGCUAGCGCCUCCGUUGGUGGCGGUUCUCGCGGUGGUGCUGGUUGGUGGAACGAUUAAAAUUAUUGUUUGCACUAGAUACAGAAUGGAUAUGACAA